UGUAGACCAAUCAGUUUAUGCCAUAAACAACACGGGAAGAUCAGAAAUAGAAUGGUCUUAUAAACGUAGAAAAAAAUAAGGAUUUACAAGUACUUUCUAUUUCUUAUGGAACUAUGCAAUGUCUAGACAAAAGUAUUGCAAAGUUCUAUGUAAAUGUUAUAGUUUUUUUCUGUAAUAAUAUUGCAAAGUUCUCAACGAGUUCUCUGUCCCUGAAGUCUCAAAGCACCUGCCACUGGGUUAUAAAUUGGAUCUGACAAAGUUCCUUGCCUCCUCAGCAAGAUUUUAAUGAGGUUGUAUUAGAGGCAAUGAAGAUUAGGCUUCACGGGUGUGACAAACUGCGGUGCCAUGAAACUCAUAUAAUAACAGUGAUUGUAAGUAUCACCAAUUGGUUAGAAAGCCAAAUUUAAACAGAGAAGGCGAAGAUGGCAGCUGUGAUGGACAUUGAGAACAGUGUUAAGGUCAAACACAGCUUGGAGCUGCUUCAUCGCAUCAACAGAAUGAAAGACGCCGAUGAGUUGACCGAUGUGGUGCUUGUGACGCAAGGGUCCAGGUUCCCGUGCCAUCGGGUCCUGCUAGCCACGUUCAGCCCAUACUUCAAAGCGAUGUUCACCUGCGGCCUGGCAGAGUGCGGCCAGAGGGAAGUCACGCUGCACGACGUGCAGCCGGAGAGUGUGGCUACCAUCCUAAACUACAUGUACAGUUCCGAUCUGUGCCUCACCAACUCCAACGUCCAAGGAGUGGCCACUAUGGCGUACUUCCUCCAAAUGGAAGCCAUUUUCCUGGCCUGCCAGAAGUACAUGUUGGAUCAUAUGGAUGCCUCAAACUGCCUCGGGGUUUAUUACUUUGCAAAGCAACUGGGAGCAGAAGAACUGUCUGAGCAGGCAAGUAAAUACCUUCAUCGGCACUUCGCAGAGGUGUGUCUGCAGGAGGAAGUUCUAGACAUAGAGGAGCAUCAGCUGAUGCCCUUAAUCUGCUCUGAUGAUCUCAACAUUUCGCGUGAGGAGACCAUCUUGGAUUUGGUUCUUCGAUGGGUUAAUCAUGACCGGAGGUCACGGGUGGGACACCUCGUGGAACUCCUGAAGCAGGUAAGGUUGGUGCUCGUAAGUCCGACCUUCUUGAGGGAGACCCUUAAAAGAAACACAGUCCUUCUCAGCAACGUGGAAUGCUAUAACGUGAUUCAGGUUGCUAUAGAAACCAUUCACAAGGCAGAGCAGCAGCCACAACUCAGUCUUCGCUAUGGGAUGGAGAGCACUGAUUGCCUCCUCUGCAUUGGUGUCAAUGGCCAAGGGAUAAAGUCAAGGCAUCGCAGUUAUACCGAGGCCAACUACUGCUACGCUCCUAAAACCAAGAAGUCUUAUUACAUUGUGUCACCAAGAUACGGUGAAACUUUGGGGUACGUCUCCAGUGGAGUUGUGACAGAGAGUAACGACAUUAUCUUGACCGGUGAAGCUGGAGCGGCGAAACUAUCAAGGCAGAAGACGAAGGACGUGGAGAUAGUGAGGUACCACGUUCGUGGAAACCAGUACUGGGAGAAGCUUUGCACUGCUCCCUUCCGAGAGCUCUACAGUGUGGGCACGGUCCAGGGCAAUCUGUACCUCAUCGGAGGCCAGAUGAAGUUGAAGAAUAGGUACAUGAUCACAAACUGCGUGGACAAGUGCAUCCUGGAGACAGGCCAAUGGAGGAGCGUUGCACCGUUACCCUUGCCUUUGGCAUGUCAUGGAACGGUCACCGUGGGCAACCAGAUCUAUGUGAUGGGAGGAUGGACACCCCAGAUGGACCUCCCUGACGAUGAACCUGAUUGGCUCAGCAACAGGAUGUUCCGCUAUGACCCAAGGAGGGACAAGUGGACAGAAUGCGGACCCAUGCGUUUCUCCAAAUAUCGCUUCAGUACCGCUGUCCUCAAUCGGGAGAUUUAUGUCCUGGGUGGUAUAGGCUGCCAGGGAGUGGACCGUGGACAGGCUAGGAGAUGUUUGGAUGCAGUGGAAAUAUACAACCCUGACGGAGAUUUCUGGAGGAAGGGACCUCCACUGCCAUCACCAAUUCUCUCACUCAGAACCAACUCUACAAAUGCUGGGGUGGUGGACGAGAAGCUGUAUGUCUGCGGGGCAUUUCGUGGUGCAGAUCGACAUGAAGUCAUCGUCAAAAAUAUUUUGGAAUUAGAUCCUUGGGAAAAUCAGUGGAAUGUGGUGGCCCACAAUGUCCUCAUGCAUGACAGCUACGAUGUCUGCCUGGUUGCCAGGCUUAACCCCAGGGAUCUCAUUCCACCACCCCCUGACUUGGUCGACCAGUGAGAGAUGGACUUCAUACCACUUGGCCUUUCUCUAAGCUUGUCCAGGGCUUGGUUGGAUAGCUCCGGAUAUCUGCAUGCAAUAACCUAGUCUUAGACUUUGCAAUGAGAUGUUAAACAAAGGAUAUCAUUUUAUCUCUCUCUCUCUCUCUCUCUCUCACACACACACACACACACACACACACACACACACACACACACACACACAUUCAGAAUCAGGUUUAUUAAAACUUCCUGUACCGAAUAAAGUGGCCAUGUGUUUAUGUUCAUUGUCUCCUGCUGUAGCCCCGAUAUUUCAAGGUUCGAUGCUGUUUCAACGCAUGGUUAUUUGAGUUACUGGUUCAACCAUUCUCCUCUGACCUGUCUCAUUAACAAGGCAUUUUCAUCCACAAAACUGCCACUCACUGGAUUUUUUUUUGUUUUUUGCACCAUUUUCUGUCACUUCUCGAGACUUUUGUGUGAAAAUCCCAGGAGAUCAACAGUUUCUAAAGUACUCAAACCACCCUUUCUGGCACUAACAUUCAUUCCACCCAUCGAAGUCACUUAGAUCACAUUUCUUCCCCAUUCUGAUGUUUGUUCUGAACAACAACUAAACCUCUUGACCAUGUCUGCAUGCUUUAAUGCAUUGAGUUGCUGCCAUGUGAUUGGCUGAUUAGAUAUUUGCAUUAACGAGCAGCUGUACAGGUAUACAUAAUAAAGCGGCCACUGAGUGUAUGUUGUGAAAUUUGUUGCUUUGCUGCAACAGUACAGUGCAAAGACAUAAAAUUACUAGAAAACACAAAAUAAAUAGCACAAAAAAGGAAUAAUGAGGCAGUGUUCAUGGAUUCAUGGGUCAUUCAGAAAUCUGAGGGUGGAGGAGGAGAAGCUGUUCCUGAGUCGUUGAUAGAGGGUCUUCGGACUCCUGGGCCCUGAUGGUAAUAACAAGAAGAGAGCGCGUUCCAGACGGAGAGGAUGGUGAUGGAUACCGUACUGCCUUCUUGAAGCACUGCAUCUUGGGGAGAUGGAGGGUUGGACCUGCCCAAGUCUACAGCACCCCAAAGUUCAUGUUUGUUGUCAUCUGACAGUACAAAAUAACGCUCCUCCAGACCAUGGGGACAUAGGGUGAGAAGGUAGUGAAUCAGUGUGGCUGGAGCUAAGGAACUGCAAGGGUAAAAAGACCCUGAUGGGAGUUGUAUACAGACCCCCAAAACAGUAGUAAGGAUGUGGCCUACAGAUUACAAUGGGAGAUAGAAAAUGCAUGCCGAAAGGGCAAUGUUACAAUAAUCGUGGGGAAUUCAAUAUGCAAGGAGAUUGGGAAAAUCAGGUUGGUGCGGGGUUACAGGAUGGGGAAUUUCUAG